AUGCCUGCUUUUCAAUCAAAAACAUUCCGUCGUGCAGCAACAGAAUCAUCGUCCCUCGGUGAGCGACUCGGUGCAUUCUAUCGCGCGCGAUUGGCUCGACACCCAUUUGUCCUCUUCGGACUUCCAUUCAUUGCUGUCAUUGUAGCUGGAUCUUUUGCGUUGACACCCGCUGCUGCCAUACGAUAUGAGCGCUAUGACCGCAAGGUCAGACAGUUAAGUCAAGAUGAAGUCUUUGAACUCGGACUUAAGGGUCCCGAUGGGGAAGAGGGAAUCAAGCGCAACCCUCGGAGGCAUAUCAUAGGGGAUGAAAAGGAAGAGUACUACAGGCUCAUGGCUAAAGACCUCGAUCAAUGGGAGCAGAAACGGGUAGCGCGGUUUAAGGGCGAACCAGAUGGGCGCCUUUAA